AUGAGUUCCCUCGCCGGUCAGAGUCGCUCCUUUGCCGCCUUCUUCCGACAAUUGCGCCUCCUCAAGCAGCCUUCCAGAUCAGAGACAUCUGCCGAGUUACGGCAAACUUCCCGCUGCCCAUGGAUAGAAAGUGGCGAGGUGCCCAAGACGGCCGCCCUGCCCGGACCCCCCAACUGGCCACUGCUGGGCAGCCUGAUGGAGAUUCUCUGGAAAGGGGGGCUCAAGAGACAGCACUACACUCUGGCUGAAUACCACAGGAAGUAUGGAAAGAUUUUCCGCAUGAAGUUGGGGUCCUUCGAUUCGGUACACUUGGGUUCUCCGUGCUUGUUGGAAGCGUUGUACCGCACCGAGAGCGCCCAUCCGCAGCGCCUGGAGAUCAAGCCCUGGAAGGCAUACCGGGACUACCGUGCAGAGGGCUACGGACUGAUGAUCCUGGAAGGCAAAGACUGGCAGAGGGUCCGAAGUGUCUUUCAAAAGAAACUCAUGAAACCAGUGGAAAUUAUGAAGUUGGACAAGAAGCUCAAUGAGGUGUUGUCUGAUUUUAUGGUGCGACUGGAUGAACUCUGUGAUGAGCAAGGCCACAUUGCAGAUGUAUACAAUGAACUGAACAAAUGGUCCUUUGAAAGUAUUUGCUUUGUGCUCUAUGAGAAGAGGUUUGGGCUUCUGCAGAAAAACACAGAUGCCAAAGCUCUGGACUUUAUUGCAGCUGUUAAAACGAUGAUGAGCACAUUUGGGAGUAUGAUGGUCACCCCAGUGGAACUGCACAAGAACCUAAAUACCAAAGUAUGGCAGGAGCAUACCCAGGCCUGGGACACUAUCUUCACAACUGUCAAAUCCUGUAUUGAUAGCCGGUUAGAAAAAUGCUUGGAGCAGCCAACUACAGACUUCCUCUGGGAUAUCUAUCACCAUCAGUCAAUUUCAAAGAAAGAUCUCUAUGCCGUGGUCACAGAGCUGCAAUUGGGUGCUGUGGAAACGACAGCCAACAGCUUAAUGUGGAUUCUCUACAAUUUAUCUCGAAAUCGGCAAGUGCAACAAAAGCUUCUGAAGGAAAUUCAGAGUGUAGUGCCUGAAAAGAACAUGCCUCGAGCAGAGGAUUUGAAGAAUAUGCCAUAUUUAAAAGCUUGCUUGAAGGAAUCUAUGAGGCUUAAUCCCAGUGUGCCAUUUACAACUCGUACACUUGACAAGACCACUGUGUUGGGCGAAUAUACUUUACCUAAAGGAACUGUCUUGACGCUAAAUACCCAGGUGCUGGGGUCCAAUGAAGAGAGUUUCGCAGACUCCAGUCAGUUUAGACCUGAGCGAUGGCUUCAGGAAAAGAAGAUUAAUCCUUUCGCUCAUCUUCCAUUUGGCAUUGGGAAAAGAAUGUGCAUUGGCCGGCGACUGGCCGAACUUCAACUACACUUGGCUCUUUGCUGGAUCGUCCGCAAGUAUAUGCUGGUGGCCACUGACAAGGAGCCAGUGGAGAUGGUACACUCUGGCACCCUGGUACCCAGUCGUGAACUUCCCAUUGCUUUCUACGAGCGAUGA